AUGCUAUCACAGAUAAUAAAAUCUUCACGGGCCACGUCGUUGAGGACUGUUGGGAGGACUGCCCGGUUGUCGACGACGAGUCUUGCGAACAAGUCUACGUACCGCACGCCAAACUUCGACGAUGUUUUGAGGAAAGAUGGCGCCUCCGAUAGAUCCAGAGUGUACACAUAUUUUAUGGUUGGUUCGCUGGGUCUUUUGUCGUCUGCUGGUGCGAAAUCCACGGUGGAGACGUUCAUUUCUUCGAUGAGCGCGUCUGCGGAUGUUCUCGCGAUGGCUAAGGUUGAGGUGGAGUUGAACGCGAUCCCCGAGGGUAAGAACGUCGUUGUCAAAUGGCAAGGUAAACCGGUCUUCAUUAGACACAGAACACCGCACGAGAUUCAAGAGGCCAACGCAGUUGAGAUGUCCGUGUUGAAGGACCCGCAGACGGAUGCGGACAGAGUACAGAAACCAGAGUGGUUGAUUAUGCUUGGGAUAUGUACUCAUCUCGGAUGUGUCCCCAUUGGCGAGUCCGGUGACUUCGGUGGCUGGUUCUGCCCCUGCCAUGGUUCUCACUACGAUAUCUCCGGUAGAAUUAGAAAGGGCCCAGCGCCAUUGAACUUGGAAAUCCCACAGUAUGAAUUCGAUGGUGAUAAAGUCAUUGUUGGUUGA